GUGAUUUGCUCGGCUUCUCCUGUCGCGUCUCUCUGCUCUCUCCCGUCGAAGAAACUCUCCUCCGCUUUUCCUGCCACUGCCGCCGGCGACUUGAAUCUUGAUCGUUGUUUCUCCGUCUGCGCCAAGUCGUCGCCGAAAAGCUCAUCGGAGGAAACGGUUCUGAUCCUUCUCGUCGCAUUCGGAGAUCCAGAGACCGAUGGCUUUGAACGAGCAGCUCAAUAAGUUCAAGAAACAGCAAGAGAAAUGCCAGUCUACACUGUCCAGCAUAGCUGCGAGGGCAGCAUCAACGAGGCCCUCUGUGUCAGCAGCAACGGCCAGUGCGAAGCCUGCCACUCCGGUCAAGUUCUCGAACGAAACCGAGCUGUACAAGCAAAUCAACAGCAUAAGAAAAGCUCCUGUUGGGGCUCAAAUGAAGCGUGUCAUCGAGCUUUUGCUCGAGACAAGGCAAGCUCUUACACCCGAGGAAAUAAAGGAAGUGUGUUAUGUUGAUAUGAUCUCCAAUAAGGCUGUUUUCGAUAAUAUGAAGAACAAUCCAAAAGUACACUAUGACGGAAGGCGAUUCUCGUACAAGGCUAGGCACGACGCUAAAGACAAGAGUCAGCUUCUGUCAUUAAUACGCAAAUAUCCAGCUGGGAUUGCGGUGGUCGAACUUAAAGAUGCUUACCCGAAUGUGAUGGAGGAUUUGCAGGCUCUGAAAGCUUCAGGACACAUCUGGUUUCUCUCAAACGCAGAUUCACAAGAGGAUAUUGCCUACCCGAAUGAUUUCAGGGGGCAGAUCCGGGUGGAUGAUGAGCUUAAACAUAUAUUCCGCAACAUAGAAAUCCCGACCGACAUGCUUGAUGUGGAGAAGGAGCUUCAGAAGAAUGGGAUGAAACCCACCAUGAACACUGUUCAGAGGAGAGCGGCCGCUCGGAUUCAGGGGACCUCGUCCAAACCGAAGCAGAAGAAGAAGCGAGAAAUUAGCAAGAGAACCAAACUCACCAAUGCCCAUCUCCCGGAGCUGUUUCAGAACCUCAACGCAAGCAGUUCCCGGAGCUAAAAAGCUCAACACUAUUGCAGAAAACAAGAUAUUUUUCUUUUGUAUUCAGGCGUGUUUUAAGAGAUUCUCCUGAAGAGGAGAACAUAAAUUCAAUGAUACUAUCAUUUAUCAUGAAAUUAAACGUCUAAUUCUCUCA